CUCACUAAAUGUGUUGUUGUUUUUUGUUUGGUUUUUGGAGAUUUGUUGUUUGCGUAGAUGAAUGGCUUAUAAAAUAUGUAAAACCGUUUCAUAGUUGGUUUUUUGAAUGCAUAGUAAGGACAGUACUUCCAGGAUUCCCAGCUCCAAGACCUACGUGUGAAUUUCUUUCUUAUUUUUGUUUAAUUAUCCCAGUGGAAUAUUAUCGUACUAUAACAUGCCGCCAAACUAACGCAAUGCAUCGCCUCACAGGGGAGAUGAUUGCCUUCUUUUUCAAACAGUUUGAUCUGUUUGAUGUUGAAGAAAUCACUGAUGCUAUGGGAAAUAUGCCAGAUUGGAAAAUAUAUAUGCUUACUGGUGAAUGGCCGUGGAGUGUAGACAAACAAUAUUAUAAUGAUGGUGAUGAUGACGACAAUGAAAUGGAUAAAAAAGUAGUGAUGAACGACACAAAUAACUGAAUUCUUUUCAUACACACUUAUAAAGCAACUUACAAUUAAUCUGCAAAACUUGAAUGUUAUAAACAGUAUGAACAGAAAGUUAGUUGUCAUUUAAUAUACAUAGUUAUGUAUACCACGAAAUAUUUGUGUAAACAGGUUUAUAUAUUACGUUUUAACAGUGAAUGGGACAUUAUUAACCUUUAUUUAAGACAAAUAUAGACAAUAACAUAUAUUUAUUAUAGUUUCGAUAGAUGUAAAUGUAUCUACAUACUUAUGUCAAGAAAG